UCGUCAGAUUCAAAUUCGAAAUUCAGAUUAUUUAUCAGGAAUUUGACAGAGAAAAAAGCGAAAUUGCUGGCAAUAGACAAAACGUGUGAAAGAAUAAAACAAAAGAGUUGCGUUUUGCAGCGAAUUUCCGAUCGUGCAAGAAAAAAAAAACUAUUUCAAAACGUCACUCAAUUUGAUAGAGAUAUUAGAAAAGGAAUUUUGAAUGAUAUUUGGGUGGAAAGAAAUGACGUUGAUACUCGUGCUAUGUUUGUACUACGAAUCUUAUUGAUGUUGGUCAUCACAGGUGAACAUUACUGGACUCGUUCAGUGCACAGUCGUAAGCUUUUCGGCGAGGAUUCAUUAAUGAGAGGGGGAUACGAAGACGAGGGCGAAAUGUGGAACGACGCGUAUUUCGAUAGAAUUUUUGGAUUGGAUCUCAACCCGAUGGACGAUUCACCGCUAGGAAGCGACGACGAAGACGACGGCAAGGGAGCGGACGAGAAACACGACGAGGAACAUUCCCAAGAGGAGCCCGAGACGAAAGAGUCCGAAACGAAACCAGAAGAGAAGCCUGAAUCGGAGAAGCCCGAAUCGGAGAAGCCCGAAUCGGAGAAGCCCGAAUCGGAGAAGCCUGAAUCGGAGAAGCCUGAAUCGGAGAACCCCGAAACGAAGCCAGAAGUCGCGGAAGGUGAAAAAGCCCCCCCCGAGCCGGGAGAUGCUGAAAAAGAGGAUAAAAUUGACGCUAAAAUUGAAGAGAAGAUCGACGAGAAAAUCGAUGAGAAAAUCGAGGAAAAGCUCGAUGAAAAAUCCAACGAGGCUGAAUCUGACGGAGAUACGGAGGAGCAGAAAGACGAAGAGCCGAGAAAACCCUGGAAACGACAAUCUCGAAGAGAACGCCGAGCCAAUCUUCUCCACGAUUUGUACGACUCGAGUAUUAUCCGGGCUCCGCGAUAUUACUCGCGACAUCAUUACGUAAGGGCAGCCACCACCGAAGACGACGAAGACUGCGAAGAUGAAACCAGCGAAUCUCCAGAACCGAUGGAGUAUUCCAAUUACGAUUCUUCGGACAACGAACGAGGUUCCGGCACUUCGUUGCUCAUGCGAGGAAAUAAUUUGAUGGAAAUUAUGACUGUUUCGUGUUUCGUCUCAUUGGUCGUUUGAUGCCCCGUCGAGUUUCUCCUCGAAGAAAAACAAUAAUCGAUUGUUCGUGAGAAUUGAUCGAACGCCACGAUUUUCCGGACUCGGAUUUCGCACUCGAAUUCCGAUCGGGCACGUGUGUGACAGUUUUUUAUCGCGCGAGACUCCCGCUCACCUCGCCCUCUGUAGUUUCAUAUACUGAUAAUAAAAAUGUGUGUAUAUAAA